GUGAAUGCAUUUCCGUAGUGGUAGAUGGUCUAACCUUCUUCCAUUCUUGACCAUCUGUUGAGAGUCCUGUCUUUGAUUCCUCCGUCGUCACCAUGUCCUCCGAGGGUCGUGCCCCGCUCCUGCCCACAACCUCCAUUCCGCGGGAAGAUCUGGAUUCAACCCCACGAGCAGCCCGUACAGCCAGCUCCUCCUCUACCUCUCGCCCUCAAGCAACCCCACGUCGUCCAUCUCGCCUGCAGUCAAUCCUGAACACCACGCGCGAUGAAGCUCGUGCUCCUCCCUCGGCUGGCUCACCACGUCUGCCUGCCCAGCCCCUCUCCCCUUCGUAUGACGGACUCCUCCACAACCCACGCUGGACCGUGCGGCCUGGUAAGCCCAACCUCUGGGCCAGAACACGCAAGGCGUACCACGAGGAGCUAGCAGAAUUCCUCGGUACGGCACUGAUCCUCAUACUGGGUGCUGGAGUAGAGUGUCAGGGGAGGCUGCACUUUGAUCUUGCUGGACACGAUUAUAGUGCGGGGGAUUAUAAUAGUGGAAGAUUUGGAUGGGCAGUGGGUGUUGCGUUGGGCGUGUGGAUUGCUGGGGGAGUCAGUGGAGCUCAUUUGAAUCCGACAGUGACGAUCUCUCUGUGGUUCUUCAGAGGCUUCCCAGCAAGGCGUGUCAUCCCGUACAUCCUCGCCCAGAUCCUCGGUGGCUUCUUUGGCUCGGCCCUCGCCUACAGCAACUACCACCACUCCAUCUCCGUCAGAGAGGGCUCCACUUCCUCCCGUACCGUCAUUGGACCCAAUUCCACUGCAGGUCUCUUUGUCACAUUCCCACAGAGCUACCUGGACGGGGAUUGGCUAGCGGCAGCGUGGAGUGAGGCAUUGGCCAGCGCCGUGUUAGUCUGCGCUGUGUUUGCACUGAGCGAUAAAGGCGGGUUGGGCGUGCCGAAGGGGAUCAUGCCAAUUGCCAUGUUCCUCACACUGCUGGGUAUCGGGUCAGCUCUAGGCAUCAACACAGGCUACGCGAUCAACUUCGCCCGUGACUUUGGUCCCCGUCUCUUCCUCUCCCUCAUGGGCUACCCUUCCACCGUCUUUACCCACAACAACUACUGGUGUCUUUGGGGACCCGGACUCGCAUCCAUCAUUGGAGGCUUAGUAGGGGGAGGAAUGUACGACGUGUGUGUUUAUACGGGGGAGGAUUCACCGGUGAAUAGAAUUGGGAGGGGACAGGGGGGAGAGAUUGCGCUUGAGACUGAGGAGGAAGAAGAGGAGUGAGAGGGAGAAUAGGAAGGGGAUCUACGGGACUGUGUGAGGGAGGGAGGACGAGGAGCGAUCUUAUGACAGAAUUGCUACGCCAGUCGGACGUAUCACAAAAUGAACAGAGGCGACGAUGCAAGCGACAUUCAAUUUGUUUUUGGCAAUGACACAGACACGAUAGUACUACACGAAGACUGGGCGACUAGAAACCUGAC